AACAACUUGACAUUUCCCGGAUGUAAACAUAUUGAUUGGUUGUAUUUUUAUCACAUUUUAUUGAUUUGCAUCAGGACAUCGGCACAAAAUGGACCAAGAAACCGCGAAAAAGCUUUUGGUGGAAGGAGGAACAUUUGUGUUCCUUGGAGUUCCUCAAGAAACUCAAUUUGGUAUCGAUAUGCAGUGUUGGAACACCGAGGAGGAUUUUCGCGGAAUUAAAAUGAUACCACCUGGAUUACACUAUAUUCAUUUUUCUGGAGUGAGCAAAGGGACCGGGGAUGUCUCGCCAAGAUCAGGCUUUAUGCACUACUUCCACAAAAAAGAGUUUCUAGUCAAAAUGUGGGAUAAAAACACAGAGGAUAUGAGCAAAGACGAGAUCACAGAAGAAAGCAUUCAACGCCUCAAAGACAAUCUGUUGAACUUGGAUCGCCAUCUCGCACCAUAUCCAUAUGAGAUAUGGCAGAAGUGGAAGCUACUGACUUCACAAAUACCAGCUGAACUAGCUGCAAAGCUAUCUCCAGAAAAUGGUAUGAUUAGAGCAUCAGUCGAACUCCUUUCAAUGACUGAUGAAGAGAGACCAAGAGGAGUGAAAACUACAGCUUCUAUGAAAAGUCAAGAGAGUACAGAAGACUCUAAGAAAGAAGAGGAUGAAAAAGAAGAGCCAGCUGCGGGACAGUCUGAUGCUAAACGAGCUAAGAGGGUCACUCAAGAAGAGAAAGAAGAUGCAAUGUUACCACAUUUGAAACCUGCACCAGGUAUGUCUAUGAGGUUCACAGAAAUACCGCGGGACAAAUACCCACCAGGAUCAACACCAGAAGAGAUUACUAAACAUUAUUUGGACCAGUCAUAUUCUUUAGAGCUUAUGAUUGCACAGCAUGAUGAGCCACUCCAUAUAAUAGGCGAACUCCAAUUCGCCUACUUAUGCUUCCUUAUCGGACAUUCCCUCGAGGCUUUCGAACACUGGAAGAACCUUGUCAUCCUCAUGUGUUCUUGCGAUGACGCCAUCCACAAGUACCGCAGCGUAUUCUUCCAUUUCAUCAGAACAAUUGAAGUACAAAUUGAAGAAAUGCCAGAAGAUUUCUUAGCUGAUAUUGUCAUGAACAAAAAUUUAGUAUACAAAAAACUCAGAGAAUUCUUCCGUACAGCACAUGUGAGCAAAGUCGACGGUCGUCUUCUUACAAUGAUUGAAAGAUUCAAGGAUAAUUUGACGGACAAGCUGCAGUGGGAUUUUACUGGUUUAGAUGCUGAUGAAGAAGACGAAAGACCUGUUAUAGUACAGCUAAAUGAGGCAGAGUAAAUUAAGUAUAAUUAAUAUAGAUUUAUUAAUGUUUAGUUCAUUUGACUUGGACUAUUUUAAGGACUGCCUUACUGAGACAGUGUGAUGAAUAAAAAGGCUGUACAGCGGACAGCCAAUUUCACACAAAGCAAUGUAUAUUUUUUAAUAAAAUUUGUUGAACAAAA